UUUCUUGUACAUUAACCUAAAGUAGCAGGGGGUUUCGCGUCGUCAAUGGGAAGCACACGACACGGUGGAAAAGCGAAUACUGUCUAGCUAACUUCCAUUUACAACAUGGGUUCCACGUCGAUUCCGUGUUUGUGGAUUACAUUUUGCAUUCAUUUAUGUUGUUUUAUGGACACUGGAAAAGCACAGAAUGCGAAAGAAGUGAUUCUGUUGGAUUCCAAGGCGCAGCAGACAGAGCUGGAGUGGAUAUCCUAUCCUCCUAGUGGGUGGGAAGAGAUCAGCGGGUUGGAUGAAAACUACACCCCCAUUCGCACAUACCAGGUUUGUCAGGUCAUGGAGCCAAAUCAGAACAACUGGCUUCGGACUAGCUGGAUAGAGAAGGGCGAUGCCCAAAGGAUUUUUGUGGAACUGAAGUUCACCUUGAGGGAUUGUAACAGUCUACCCGGUGUGGUGGGCACGUGCAAGGAGACAUUCAACUUGUAUUAUCAGGAAACCGAUUCGGAAGUCGGCAGGAAUAUACGAGAGAACCAGUAUGUGAAAAUUGACACAAUCGCAGCAGACGAGAGCUUCACCCAGGGGGACCUGGGAGAGAGGAAGAUGAAGCUGAAUACAGAAGUGCGCAUCAUUGGGCCGCUGUCCAGACGAGGGUUUUACCUGGCAUUCCAGGAUGUAGGGGCAUGCAUCGCUCUGGUCUCUGUCAAAGUUUAUUACAAGAAGUGCUGGUCCAUCAUUGAGAACCUGGCCACUUUCCCAGACACAGUGACGGGAUCAGAGUUCUCUUCUCUGGUCGAGGUCGAGGGCAUGUGUGUCAGUGACGCCGAGGAGGAGGCCGACAACUCUCCCAAGAUGCACUGCAGCGCAGAGGGGGAAUGGCUGGUGCCUAUAGGGAAAUGUAUAUGUAAAGCGGGAUUUCAUCAGAAGGGCGAUGCAUGUGAACCAUGUGGCCGUGGGUUCUACAAGUCCUCGUCCCAGGACCUGCAGUGUUCGCGCUGCCCAGCACACAGCUACAAUGAUCGGGAGGGCUCGUGGCGCUGCGACUGUGAGGACGGCUACUACCGGGGACUCUCGGACCCGCCCUCUGUGGCCUGUACAAGACCUCCCUCGGCGCCACAGAACCUGGUCUACAACAUCAACCAGACCACGGUCAGCCUGGAGUGGAGCCCGCCGGCCGACACGGGUGGCCGCAACGACGUCACCUACAGGAUUAUGUGCCGUCGCUGCAGCUGGGAGCCGGAGGAGUGCGUGCCGUGCGGGGGGAACGUGGGAUACUCCCCCCAACAGGCGGGAUUAGUGGACACCUACGUGAGCGUGGUGGACCUGCUGGCCCACGCCAACUACACCUUCGAGGUUGAGGCCGUCAACGGGGUGUCUGACCUCAGCCGCACCCAGAGGCUGUUCGCCGCAGUCAGCAUCGCCACCAGUCAAGCAACUCCCUCCCAAGUCAGUGAAGUCAUCAAGGAGAGAGUGCAGCAGCGCAGCAUCCAGCUCUCCUGGCAGGAGCCUGAGCAGCCCAAUGGAGUCAUCACCGAAUAUGAGAUUAAGUACUACGAAAAAGACCAGAAGGAUCGCAUCUACUCCACAGUGAAGUCCAGGUCCACGUCAGCCACAGUGAACAACCUGAAGCCCAGCACGGCCUACGUGUUCCAGAUCCGAGCCUUCACCGCGGCCGGCUACGGCACCUACGGACCCCGGCUGGAGGUCACCACCAAGGAGGAGGCCUCAGCAGCCACCAUUGUCUCCAGCGAGCAGAAUCCCGUCAUCAUCAUCGCGGUGGUAGCCGUGGCGGGGACCAUCAUCCUGGUCUUCAUGGUGUUCGGCUUCAUCAUUGGGAGAAGACACUGUGGCUACAGCAAGGCGGACCAGGAAGGAGACGAGGAGCUGUAUUUCCAAUUUAAAUUUCCAGGCACCAAAACAUACAUUGACCCUGAAACCUACGAGGACCCGAACAGGGCUGUCCAUCAAUUUGCCAAGGAGCUGGACGCGUCCUGCAUUAAGAUUGAGCGAGUUAUUGGAGCAGGAGAGUUUGGGGAGGUGUGUAGUGGACGGAUGAAGCUCCCAGGGAAACGGGACAUGUCAGUGGCCAUUAAAACCCUGAAGGUGGGCUACUCAGAGAAACAGAGGAGGGACUUCCUGUGUGAGGCCAGCAUUAUGGGCCAGUUUGACCAUCCCAAUGUUGUCCAUCUGGAGGGAGUGGUGACCAGAGGCAAACCGGUGAUGAUUGUGAUUGAAUAUAUGGAAAACGGCUCGUUAGACGCUUUUCUCAGGAAACAUGAUGGUCAGUUCACAGUGAUCCAGUUAGUGGGGAUGCUGCGGGGCAUAGCAGCAGGGAUGAGAUAUCUCUCCGACAUGGGGUAUGUCCAUCGAGAUCUGGCUGCACGAAACGUACUUGUCAACAGCAAUCUCGUAUGUAAAGUGUCUGACUUCGGCCUGUCAAGAGUGAUCGAUGACGAUCCCGAGGCUGUCUACACAACAACGGGGAAGAUGCAGGAUAUAAUGAAUUUGAUCUUUACUCCAGCCACUGACCUGCAUUUUACUGAACAGGGUGGAAAAAUACCUGUUCGAUGGACAGCAAUGGAAGCCAUCCAGUACCGUAAAUUCACUUCCGCUAGUGAUGUGUGGAGUUAUGGCAUUGUCAUGUGGGAGGUCAUGUCCUAUGGUGAACGGCCUUACUGGGACAUGUCCAAUCAAGAUGUGAUAAAGGCCAUAGAAGAGGGGUACCGCCUCCCUGCUCCCAUGGACUGCCCUCCAGGCCUGCACCAGCUAAUGCUGGACUGCUGGCAGAAAGACAGGGCCGAUCGACCCAAAUUUGAUCAAAUAGUUGGCAUCCUUGAUAAGAUGAUUCGCAAUCCCAAUACCUUGAAAACCCCGGUGGGAACCUGCACGAGACCGAUUAGUCCCCUGUUAGAUCAGAGCACACCAGACUUCACUACUUUCCGCUCGGUUGGGGAGUGGCUGGAGGCCAUCAAGAUGGAGAGAUACAGAGACAACUUCACCGCCGCUGGCUACAGCUCACUGGACUCUGUGGCCAGGAUGUCAAUUGAGGAUGUGAUGAGCUUGGGGAUCAGUUUAGUGGGCCAUCAGAAGAAGAUCAUGAGCAGCAUACAGACUAUGAGAGCCCAGAUGCUGCAUCUCCAUGGCACAGGAAUCCAGGUGUGAUGACAGACUACAGUGCCCCCUGUGGACGGGCUAUCUAGAGCAGCACUAAGGCAAAAACCUCCCAGGAUAAUCUUUGAAAAUCAUGUGACGUGAUGUCGUCUCCUAUCUGACUAUUUUUUUUCCGGAUGUUUCGGAAUGAAAUAAUUCCUGUGAUCCUUGGCGAAGGAUUUAACCCCUCUUUAGAACGGGUACUAAGGAGAGAAUGACAGAAUACUACCUGACCAUGAUGCCGAACUUAAAACGCUCUGAGGAACUCUCAACAACAUAUCAAACAGAGAUGGAGCUUUGGAAAAUGAGUUUGAUACGUAUUACCUUGUUCUUUUAACCUCGUGAAUGAUUUUAUUUGUGCACCAUGAAAAUGGAUUUCACUUAAAAAAAAGGAAAAAGAAAAAAGAUUUCAAACAAUUUGUUUAUUCCCCUUGCGGUGGUUUUUCAGUAUUUUCUUUACUAGUUUGUUCAUUUUGUUAGUGUCAGGAGCCACAGUGAUAUGGUGUGGUACGUACAGUAAUCUUUCAUUUUUAUUUUCCCCAUACAAUUUUUUUCUUCCUUUUUUCUAUUUUGGACUUGACAACAGGGUAAACGUUCCCAUCCAAAAGGAUGAAUAUGGUGUCUGAACAUUUUGGUGGAAAUGAUUUAGAGGUACUUUGACCAGUUUGUCUUGAGACGCUACUGGCUGUUUUAACUGUUUGCAGUGAGUUGUGUUUUUUCUUCCUGAUGUUUUUGAAGUGAAAAAUGGUAUCCUGCACCUCAGAUAAGUGACUUCAGAGAUAGUAGUGUCCUCUUGGUCGUUUGAAGCUUACAGGAGUGCUUUGCUGUAUGCAUUUUUCUGAACACAGAUACUCCCAUUUUAUGAUGGAAAAAUCUGAUUUCAAAUUUGUAUGUAGACAUUUUGAAACAGUAUGACACCAAUCAUUCAAAUUGAUUUAAGAUUGAUCACAACUUUUAUAUCUAAUAUCAAGCAUCAAAGUGGCAACAUUCUUUACAUGUUCAUGUUUACCACAUUAAUCAUUUGAUCAUAUUGUCCAAUAUGCUUUCAAUCUGAACUUUGAUUUCCGUUGUUUAAUUCAUUAAUUGAAAGUUUCCACAGAUAGCUCUACAGAAAGAUUGUAUUGAAACUUAAUGAGAUGACUUGAUCCACCGCAAACGGUGUUGCCAUUGAAAUCCCCCCCCCAAAACAAUGUUGCAGCAAACAGUAUUUGUUUCGUAUUUUAGUGAAUACAGUGGUUGAGGGUGAGUCUAGGAAAUGCUGUGUACGUUCUUUCUAGAAGUAAUAAUGCCUUAAAAUGUGUUAGACUAAUGUAUUGACAUUAUUUUUAGGCUAUUCAAUGGCAAUGUUUUUUGCAGUUCAGUGAGACAGGUCUUGUGUAGGGUUGAAUGGAAAGUUUCCCCAUUUUCUUUGUUCCUUUCAUGCAGGUUGACGUUUAUUGUUACGAAUCUUGCCCUGGAGGCAGAACUGAGCAGUUUCCGCUAGAUGGGCCAGCUGCAAAAUCCUAAUUGGAUAUAUCGUAAAAAUUCAUGAAAACAAACAUUCGCUUUUUGGUCUUAAUUUAAGGUAAGGGUUAGACAUUAGGGUUAGUAGUGUGGUUAAAGGAAAGGAAAGGGAAAGCGGGAUACCUAGUCAGUUGUACAACUGAAUGCCUUCAACUGGAAUGUGUCUUCUGCAUUUAACCCAACCCCUCAAGGUUAGGGUUAAGGAUAGAGUUAGGUUUAAAAUCAGAUUUUAUGACUUUGUGGCUGUGCCAGCUAGUGACCACUCUGCAGAGCUGCCUCCAGGGCAAGACUCAUGAAAGUAAAUGCCAACCUGCUCCAUUCAUCCUGAACUUGAAAAUCAUGCACACUUGCGUAUGUUGAAUUUCACGAUUGAUGAUUGACACAGUCAGUGUAGGGUAGAAGAUUGACCAAACAGAGCAAUAAUUAGCCCAGGUAGAAAUGGUCCUCCUCUGAGAUUUGAAGGUGCUAGGUUUUACAGAAAUUUUUGUUGUGCUGGGAUAAUAUACCGGUAUACUAAGUUAUCAAAUCAUUAAAUAGUAAUGCCACUUACGAAAUGGUAUCCCGGAAUAUGCUAAUGACUUAAUAACGAGGUCACAGUGUAUGAUUAUAUUUGGAAUAUAUGGCUGUAACAGUGGGGUGAAAUGACAUUCAAGCAGCAGAGAGGCACAUGCAUUAGUCAUGACAUCAUCCUUUCCAUUGCACCACACUGAAUUUGAAGGCCUUCAGUUUGAUAUGAGGUACUUACAGUAUCUAAUAACCCAAUAUCAUGAUAUAUAGAAAAUCCUGAUACUCCUUAUUACGAUGAUCAAACUGUGAAAAUCACUUACCGUCCCAGCCCUAGCCAUUCAGGAGAGCCAGGCAAACAGUAUGGGUGAUGUAACAUGCAUAAAAGUGUUUCCAUGCUUUUUUUUUUUUUACUUCCCUGGCCCUUUGUAUGCUAAUCAGGGCACAGAGAUUAGGAAUGGGCUCUGCGAAGAUGUGCUAAAAAGCCAACCUAAUGGUGCCAUCAGUCUUCACCUUUUACAACAAAAUGAAUGUUAUCAUAUAUGUCUUCAGCAUUGUAUUAUUCUCUGACGAAUGGUUGGUUCACUCAUUUCUUUCUCAUUAAAAGUAAGGAAAAUGUA